AGUGGACCAAGCCCCUCUUCCCGGGGCGGCUAAUAGAACCCCGGGAGAAACUGUAGGGUCCAAGGAAGCUCCAGUGGUGGGCUGCGGGAGCUGGAGGAACGGGGGGUACCCGACAACCUAACACAUGACACAGAGACAAUAACGCAACCCCUCGAUUGUUUUGUCUUGUUUUUAUUCCCUCUCUUUUGGAAUUCCUCACGUUUGACUGUUUUGUCGCUUUUUGGAUACACAGGCCUCAAGAGUUCGGCACUUGAGGUGACGGAGCUAAGCGAUCCACUCGUUCCGGUCUCGCAAUCGCUCUCAUGAUUCUUUAAUCAUGGCAACCCAAAUGCUUCGCCCGCUGGCCUCGUCCGCGGUUCCAGCGUCAGCUUCCGAGCUGUGCGCCUCGUCCUUCUUUCUACAGAAGCAAUUGAAAGGGUAUCGAGUUCAAGAUGUCCUCUCUCGUCGCAAGCAAUGGCACAGCACCUUGAGAGCUUCGCCUCGACAGCAUGCUCUUGUCGCAGACGUCUCCAAGCCCCUCGCAUUGAUCCGCCAUGCUUCUGCGCCUCCUCGCAAAUAUUCCACCGUGGUCCUUCCCAAGACAACUCCCUAUGAUCAUCUUGUCGUUGGUGUUCCAACCGAGAUCUUCCCUGGAGAGCGCCGUGUAGCUCUUACGCCUGCCAAUGUUGCACUCCUUAAGAAAAAGGGCUUCAAGCAGGUUCUUGUUGAACGUGGUGCUGGUACAUCUGCUGAUUUCCUCGAUGCCGCCUAUGAAAAGGCCGGCGUAACUCUUGUCAAUGGUCCCAAGGAAGUCUGGUCCAACUCAGACAUUGUUCUCAAAGUUCGUGGUCCUGGUCUUGAAGAGGUUGAGUCCAUGAAAGAAGGCCAAACCAUCAUUUCAUUCCUCCAGCCCGCUCAGAACAAAGAACUCGUCGAAAAGAUUGCCGCUAGAAAAGCUACCAGUUUCGCCAUGGACAUGAUUCCCCGUAUCUCUCGAGCUCAGGUCUUUGAUGCCCUCAGCAGUAUGGCCAACAUUGCCGGUUACAAGGCUGUUCUCGAAGCGUCCAAUGUCUUUGGCAGAUUCCUCACUGGUCAAGUCACUGCUGCUGGAAAGAUUCCUCCCUGCAAGGUUUUGGUUAUUGGUGCUGGCGUUGCUGGCUUGAGUACUAUUGCUACUGCUCGUCGUAUGGGUGCCAUUGUCCGUGGUUUCGAUACUCGAUCUGCUGCUCGCGAACAGGUUCAAUCUCUUGGAGCCGAAUUCAUCGAAGUCGAACUCCAGGAGGAUGGAUCUGGAGCUGGUGGAUACGCUAAGGAAAUGAGCAAGGAAUUUAUCGAAGCUGAAAUGAAGCUGUUUAAAGACCAAGCCCAGGAAGUCGACAUCAUCAUCACCACUGCAUUGAUCCCUGGAAAGCCUGCCCCGAAACUGCUCAAGAACGAUAUCCUCGAUGUUAUGAAACCUGGAAGUGUCAUUGUCGAUCUGGCUGCUGAAGCUGGAGGCAACUGUGAAGCUACCAAGAAGGGUGAAUUGGCCGUUUACAACGAUGUCAAGAUUAUUGGAUACACUGAUCUUCCCUCUCGUCUGCCAACUCAGUCCUCGACUCUCUACUCCAACAACAUCACCAAGUUCCUGCUCUCAAUGGCCCCUGAACCCAAGGCUUUCGGCAUUGAUCUAUCAGAUGAAGUCGUCCGAGGUGCAAUCGUUACCCAAGAAGGAGAUAUUCUGCCACCCGCCCCUCGCGCAGCACCUCCUCCUCCACCCGUAAAGGCCGAGACAGCCGAAGUGACCCCUGAACCUGUAGCUCUGACUCCCUGGCAAAAGAAGACUCGUGAAGUUGCUGGUGUCACCGCUGGUAUGGGUAGUAUCUUGGCUCUUGGAAAAUGGACCAGCCCUCUUCUCAUGUCGAACGCUUUUACAUUUGCUCUGGCUAGUCUUAUUGGAUAUCGUGCUGUCUGGGGUGUUGCUCCUGCGCUUCACUCUCCUCUGAUGAGUGUCACCAACGCUAUUUCCGGUAUGGUCGGUAUUGGUGGUUUAUUCAUUCUUGGAGGUGGAUUUCUGCCCGAGACUAUUCCUCAAGCUUUUGGUGCCCUGAGUGUUUUGCUGGCUUUCGUCAAUGUUGGAGGUGGUUUCGUAAUCACCAAGCGUAUGCUGGAUAUGUUCAAGCGACCUACCGACCCCCCCGAGUACCCCUGGCUCUAUGCAAUUCCUGCUGUUGUUUGUGGUGGUGGAUUCGUGGCUGCUGCAUCAACUGGUGCUGCUGGUCUUGUUCAAGCCGGUUAUCUUGUCAGCUCUGUUCUCUGCAUUGGUUCCAUCUCCAGUCUUGCUUCCCAAGCCACUGCUCGCAUGGGUAAUGCUCUUGGUAUUCUUGGUGUCGGUACAGGUGUGUUGGCCAGUUUGCUCGCUGCUGGCUUUACCCCUGAAGUCCUCACUCAGUUUGGUGGUCUUGCCGCACUCGGUACCAUCGCUGGUAUGCUCAUUGGAAAGCGAAUCACUCCUACCGAUCUCCCUCAGACUGUCGCCGCUCUUCACUCUGUGGUUGGUCUUGCUGCCGUCUUGACCAGUAUCGGUAGUGUCAUGGCAGACGUGAUGGAUCCGUCAACUCUCCACCUCGUUACAGCCUACCUUGGUGUCGUUAUCGGUGGCAUCACGUUUACCGGAUCCAUCGUCGCGUUCCUCAAGCUCGCCGGCAAGAUGACGUCUAAGCCAAAGAUCCUGCCUGGACGACAUAUCAUCAACUCAGGAUUACUCGCAAGCAACGCAGCCACCAUGGGAGCUUUCAUCACAAUGGCCCCAGGAAGCCCCUUGAUUGCAGCGGGAGCACUUGCUGGAAGUACUGUUUUGAGCUUCAUCAAGGGAUACACCACCACAUCUGCCAUUGGAGGUGCUGACAUGCCCGUCGUCAUCACUGUUUUGAACGCAUACAGUGGCUUUGCUCUUGUCGCCGAGGGUUUCAUGCUUGAGAACCCCCUUCUUACCACUGUUGGAGCCUUGAUCGGUGUAUCCGGUUCAAUUCUAUCGUACAUCAUGUGCGUCGCCAUGAACAGAUCACUGACAAACGUUCUCUUUGGAGGUCUGGGCACGCCAACUGCUGUACAAGAGUUUAAACCUCAGGGAGAAGUUACCCAGACUUCUGUAGAUGACCUUGCUGAUGCACUUCUCAACUCUGAAAAGGUCAUUCUCAUUGUUGGAUACGGUAUGGCUGUUGCAAAGGCUCAAUACGCCAUCUCAGACAUUGUUCAGACUCUUCGAUCCAAGGGUAUCACUGUCCGUUUCGCUAUUCACCCUGUCGCAGGCCGCAUGCCUGGUCAGUGCAACGUUCUUCUCGCUGAAGCCAGUGUGCCAUAUGACAUCGUCCUGGAAAUGGACGAGAUCAACGACGACUUUCCCGAGACUGACCUGGCCGUCGUCAUCGGCGCCAACGAUACCGUCAACCCUAUUGCUCUGGAAAAGGGCAGCUCUAUUGAGGGUAUGCCUGUGCUGCAUGCCUGGAAAGCCAAGCAGGUUGUCGUCAUGAAGAGAGGCAUGGCCAGUGGUUAUGCUGAUGUUCCAAACCCCAUGUUUUACAUGCCCAACGCAAAGAUGUUGUUUGGAGAUGCUAGAGUGACGUGUGAAGGUUAGUAAUGCGUCCAGUUUCCAAACUCAGCUGACAUUUUAGCUAUCAAAUCUGCAAUCGAAGCAAAGUCGUAGAUCGUGAGGAUUUCCUAUGUAGUUCGUAUAAGAGAAGAAUCUGAAAGACCAUACAUAGAGUGCACAUUUUCUAGAUCUUAUACCAUGUUCAGCUGUAGAAAUAGCAGCUCAUCUGAAUUCAAUGCCCUUGGGUUUCUCGAUUGAACCUCUACGCAAAUUUAUGUACACUUGACCACUCAUCCUCAUGCCCGAGGCGCCGCCACAGGCUCCCAUGCUGAGAUCUUGGACUUGGAACUAAAACGGUCAGAAUUUUGCCUCCUACGAAAUGCGUAACAUACGUGUUGUAAGUCUUGAAAGCGCCACGGGUCUGGGUAAAGUUGGGGAUGGCGCGUGACGGCUCAAAGGCUCGGACACCAACUUGUAGUAGAGGAUCCUCGGUAGGAGGCUUGUCGACGCUGUAGCUGAUCCAGGCGUGCCAUCCGGGCUCAAUGUGAGCGGCGUCGUAAUCGUGCUUGGCGUACUCGACCCAGCGUGUUCGGAGGGGGAGUUCCUCGUUGUUCUCGAAGAACUUGUUGCCGGCGCGAUCGGUGCCAAUCAGACGACCAGCCUUGGUGUCACCUGCGGAUGUACAUACCAGCAUCUGGACAAAGUAGUCCUGCUCGAGUUAGCAUUGGCUCGUUGACGGUUGAUGGCAGACAUACCUUGAUUCCAACCUUUCGCAGGUUGGACAAUGUUCGUGAGAUUGUCGACAUGAUGGCGGUUGAGCGACAAUUGACCUCAGCGGGAUGGUUGUUGAUAGCUCGUCAAUGAUGGGAGGUUUGAAGAUUACCGCGGAUCAACC